GAUCUCUACGAAUGACCCUAGAUGGAAUCAACGAGCUUCCUUGUAGCCUAGAACUAGGGUUCUCUCAGGCUCCGUGUUCGAUUUUACACCCAGGCGAGAGACAUCAAAGAGAAAUGAGAACCCUAAUGUGUAAACGAUAUUUCUAUGAUCCUUGACCUUGUUGUGACCACCUAUACCCGAACUGAUAUAAGGAUAGGUUGCGACCUAAGAGUGUCCUGAUAUGAUGUAUUUGUUCGUGAAAGGUUUCGAUCUCGCCAGACACGGAGAGAGAUGCUAGCACUACUAUCAGCACGAAGACAGACAUGGAGUCAUUCAAGACUCGAUCGUCUGUUCUUCACUUUUCUGGUGGCCCUGCUGGUAUAUCCCUCGUAUGCAUACGGCAUCCCCGUGUAUACUACAGAAUUCGCCCUUAGGGAUGAACCGUCCUCACAUAAAAAGCCGGAGAACCUCACCCUGGACUUUGCAGCAGCGAUGGGAAUAAUCACGGCGGCUGUGAUAAUAGGGAUGGCUGUGAUCUGCGUUUUCGCGCACUGCUGGCGGCAGAUAGUCAAGUGUAGCCAACGUCGUCGUGAGAGGAGUGCCGCUAAGAAAAGAAGGAGACUACGCAAAGAUGAAAACACCUGGGUCUUCCCAGGUCAUCGUGGAUUUACAAUGCCGCAAUUACAACGCCUAGAGUCCGAGCCGGCGUCGUCGUCUCCCUUUGAGCAGAUCCGUCGACCUGGAGCUUACGCCGACCCGUGCCAUAACCCUGUCUCGCCCGCCAUACACAAAUCCUCGGGUAAGCCUGCACCUCGGACCAGAUCAAAGACCCGUUGGGACGAUUCGACCGCAACGCUACCGAGCUCUGCUGGUGCAGAUGAGAUUGAAUGCCCCGCUAACGUUGCCUAUGCCUUGGAACGACAUUGAUUCCCUUGGCCGAUGGAAGAUUUGCAGUAUCAUGCCAUGAUACGAAAACCAAGUGCUUAUCCCGUGGAGGUUUCACAUCAGCCCCCUAUUUCAGACAUCAACCGGACUCACUCGAGGCAACCCUCGUGAAAUACUAGUAUUUGGAAAACUUCUACUCACACAAUCCAUAAUCCGCUCGCGUCUAGAGCAAU